UUUUACUCAUACCACUCCAUCAGGUUCAGCGUUCAACAAGUGGUUUCAUUGCAGUAUAAAAGAGAAAAAACUCUCGUAUAAAAUGGCUUAUAAAGAGUACAUGGCUAUGUGGUGCAUUUUCUUCAUAGCUUUGUUGAGUGCUGGUGAUUGUCAAGAAGAAGACACCGGUGAUCUCGCAGAAGCAAUACUUCGAGCGUUCGGUGAUGUUCAAGCUGAUUGGCCAGGUGCGAAAAGCAUUGAUGAUGCUGACGAUGAUGACAAUUCUGAAGUGAGUGGUUACGAAUUGGAGAAGGCGUUGGAUACCGUCAAAAGAUUCUGGAGUGGGCGAACCCUUCUACAAACGUGUCCUUCUCACACUCAAUGUGCAAAAAUGUUCGGGAAACGAGUGAGAAGAAUGUGUGAUUGUCCUCAGGGCACAAAAUGUAUUACAAAAUCCAACUACGCAUUUUCAAGAACCAUUCCGCACUUCUGUCUCUAGGAAGUCAACAGAUAAAGGAUGAGGACUAAAUUUUGUGUAUACGGUCUAUAUACGACCAGAUUUGAUUAUUUGUUUUAUUAGUUUUCUCAGAUAAUUUUUGAUUUUAAACGUUAAUAUAUUUAAUUGUUUUUAUAUUGAUUAUACUUUCUGUAAAACUAACAGCAAUAAACCAUAACGUGGUUGCAAAA